AUGGUGGGAGCUGAUUCGGAACAUUACCCCGCCUUAUGCCGGGACAAGGAGCUGGGGCCGCAGGGCCACUUCCUGGUAGGCUCCGGGGGGGGAGCCAGCUCAGGCGCCUGCGGCCCGGCUUUGUGCUCCGCGGUAGGACUCCUGGGACUAGGCUCGGGGCCUGCCCCUCUGUUGUCUGGAGACUGUAGCGUUGUGACACCAACUGGCCAGACACGGGGGACGGAGGUGUCCGGAAGGGUGCUUCCCCCACCAAAACUCAGCAUUGUCGCCUUUCCCCCGCUGCCGCCACAACCACCUUCCUUGAUCGGGGGACUGGGGACGAUGGACGAAGGCGACUCGUUGGAUGGUCCAGAGUAUGAAGAGGAGGAGGUGGCCAUACUGCUCAGCGCCCCCCCUAUGAACCAAUGGUAUCAUGGAAAACUUGACAGAGCAAUUGCAGAAGAACGUCUUCGGCAAGUGGGAAAACCUGGAGGUUACCUUAUUCGAGAGAGCGGUCGAAGACCAGGUUCAUUUGUGCUUUCAUUCCUUAGUAGAACAAAUGUCAAUCAUUUUAGGAUUAUUGCCAUGUGUGGUGACUAUUAUAUUGGUUGACGUCGUUUUGCUUCACUCUCGGACCUAAUUGGUUAUUACAGUCAUGUGUCUUGCUUACUGAAGGGGGAAAAAUUAUUCUUUCCGGUAGCACCUCCAGAGCCUGUGGAAGACAGAAGAAGAGUUCGAGCAAUUCUACCUUACACCAAAGUGCCAGAAACUGAUGAAAUAAGUUUUCUUAAAGGAGAUAUGUUUAUUGUCCAUAAUGAAUUGGAAGAUGGUCGGAUGUGGGUUACAAACCUACGGACAGAUGAACAAGGUCUUGUUGUAGAAGAUCUGGUAGAAGAAGUGGGAAGAGAAGAAGAUCCACAUGAAGGCAAAAUAUGGUUCCACGGGAAGAUCUCCAAACAAGAGGCUUACAAUUUGCUGAUGACAGUUGGUCAGGUGUGCAGUUUUCUUGUGAGGCCUUCAGAUAAUACACCUGGUGAUUAUUCACUUUAUUUUCGGACCAGUGAAAAUAUUCAGCGUUUCAAAAUAUGCCCAACGUCAAGCAACCAGUUUGUGAUGGGAGGCAGAUAUUAUAAUAGUGUUGCUGAGAUCAUUGAACAUUAUAAAAAAGAACAGAUUGUUGAAGGAUAUUACCUUAAAGAUCCAGUUCCAAUGAAGCAUCAAGAACAAGUGGUCAAUGAUACAGUGGAUGGAAAAAACAUCUACAAUACGAUACGUCACAAAACAAAGGAAGCUUUUUAUAAAAAUAUUGUCAAAAAAGGAUAUCUUCUGAAAAAAAGUAAAGGAAAGAGAUGGAAAAACUUGUACUUUAUAUUGGAGGGAAAUGAUGUCCAGCUUAUUUAUUUUGAAAGUGAAAAACGAGCCACAAAACCUAAAGGCUUAAUAGACCUCAGUGUGUGUUCAGUCUAUGGAGUACACGACAGUUUAUUUGGCAGGCCAAACUGUUUUCAGAUAGUAGUUCAACACUUCAGUGAAGAGCAUUACAUCUUUUACUUUGCAGGGGAAACUCCAGAACAAGCACAGAGAGCAAGCAUACAACAGAUUAUGACUUUGUCUGCAUUAACAAAUAUUACCAUGCAAUAG